GUAAUCAAGAUGGUAACCAAAAUGUGAUAGUAAUUCAGUUCCAAUCAUAACCGAAAUAGUAAAUUGGUAAUCAUAGUCGUAACCACAACUAAAGGAAACAGUGCUUCUGUUAGGUGUAUACCAUUUUCCUUUAUUAAACUUAAUAUUACCAUUAUUUUUUCAUUAUCGUGAUUUUUUGGAUUGUCAUUAUCGAUGGUAUUAGCAAAGUGAUUGUUGUUAUUGCUAUCAUCAUCCAUAUAACUACGAUCAUCAUUACCAUUAAUGCAAUCAUCACUGUCGCCUUUAAUAAAAUACAUUCAUGUUCCACAGGAUUGUUAUUACAACAAUUAUUCUCGGUGUUGUGAUGGGAACAACCUGUGCCUUCUCUACCCGAGGGAAGCCUUGGUCUGUGGUCCAAGCUGAUAUCGAGGCUAAGGAAUGGAGGAAAGGUGGCAGAAUUCCGUAUCAUGGGAGUAAUGAAGAUGACAGUAGUGAAUCCUAUGAACAUGACAGCGAGGAAACCCAUGCCGAUGACAGUCAUGAAUCCCAUGGUCCUUACAACGAGGAAACCUACGCAUACCACGGUAGAGAAUCCCUUGAGAGUGAAGAAGUGAAUAAAGACGCUGGUUAUUAUAUUAACAAACGGAUUGGUCACGUUGGAAAUCACGGACAGGCCCCUCACCCAUGAUCACAAUGGCAACAGCAUGGCAAUCGAGAACAUGGCAACGGCGGUAUUAAGAAGGCAUGGUCAUGUAUGUAUACACGGAUGUAUAUCUCUAUGUACUGGCAUAUACAAGUGUAUACAAACAUAUAUAAUGACUAAAGCAAACGAUCCAGCGAAAGAUAAGGAUAAACAUGAAACUUGUAUCAAAAUGCAAUAAUAUAGAAUCAGAGAUAAGAAAAAGUAAUACAAAUAUAGAAAAUAAAUUAGUAACAUUACAACAAUUGAUAACCAUAUAUGACGCUACCUCUGGUUCUAAUUAUCUAUUUCCUUAUGCAAACAAAUACAGCAAUUCAAUGCCUGUGUUAGAAUCAUUAUUGCACACGGCCAAUAUACAGCGUGUGCAUAACGUUACUUCAAAAAGGUGAUGAAUAAAGAAAU